GCGCUUGGCGAGGUGGUCCACGCGGAGGACGCCGUCGCGCGGGUCGGGCGCGAGGGCGUCGCCGCGCCGGCCGCGCUUGCCCUUGCGGCUCCCGCCGCGCGCCGCGUCGCGCUUCUCCUUGGGCGCGACGACGCCGCUCUCGCGGCGCUCCGCGAGGCGCUUGCGCUCGCGCGCGUCCUCGGCGCGGCGGAUGCCCAGCACCAUCUUGAACGGCAUCUUGGGGUUCCGCGGCGCCUUGCAGCCGAGCGCCGCGAGGCGCGCGUCGUCGCGGAUCUUCCGCUGGCGCUUGUCGAGGCCCGUCGCGCCGAGGUCGAAGACGUCGCGCUUGGCCGCGCGCAGCGACAGCGGCGCGGGGGCCGCGGCCGCGCGCGGGCCCCGGUCCGGUUUCCGCCGCGCGGGCGCCUUCCUCUUCGUCUUCGCGGGGGCGUUGCCGCUGCGCGAGUAGGCCAUGCCCGGCAGCGCGACGACCUCGGCCAUGGUUUGCGCUUGCAGCCCGCGAUGCGUUCGAGCGUGCUUGCAGCCGCGACGCGUUCAGCGCGCUUGCAGCUCGCGACGCGUUUGCAGCUACAGCCUGGCGAGGAGUCCAGCACAAGCAAUGCGUCCGAUCUCGUCGCAGCAACAGCACGGACGCACGCAGGAGGGCACGUACAAUCACUGCCACUCUACGAUAAGCGACAAUGCGUCCAGAGGGCGACCAAUUAGGCCAGGCUCAGGCUCA